GAAUAAAAUGGGAGCAGCUACUUCAAUUUCUACUCCCAUUAUUGUUGGUCCCGGCCGGCUACUUCCACCAGCGAGAAGCUCACUCCUACACAAACACCUACAGCGGUUUAACUUUUCGUCUUCGUCUUCAAGUCUUCUCUCUGAGAUUGAUCUUACCAACGGGUACGGUUACGGUUAUAGGCGCGCGUUGUGGUUGUUAGCAUUGCCCACCACUAGUUCUCUCCUUAGUAGGGUUGGGAAAGUGACAAUAACAACACUUCGCGCCAUGGUUGGAAGUCAGAACAGAGCAGACGAAGAGGUGCCGGAGCACACAGUCGGUGACUGGUUUUCCGUACCGGAGCUCCGUCUGAGAGACCAUCGCUUCACCGUCCCUCUCGAUUACUCCGUCGACCGCCACAACUCUCCUAAGAUCUCCAUUUUCGCUCGUGAGGUCGUUGCAGCUGGGAAGGAAGAAGUAGCACUGCCAUAUUUGUUAUACCUACAAGGUGGACCUGGUUUUGAGAGUCCACGCCCAACUGAAGCCAGUGGAUGGAUAAAGAAAGCAUGUGAAGAGUACCGUGUUAUACUUUUGGAUCAGCGAGGGACGGGCUUGUCGACUCCUUUGACUGCUUCAUCUCUCUUGCAAAUUACAUCUGCAGAGAAGCAGGUUGACUACUUGAAAUAUUUUCGGGCUGACAAUAUAGUGAAUGAUGCUGAAUUUAUUCGCGUACGUCUUGUACCUGAUGCUGGACCGUGGACAAUUUUAGGACAGAGUUAUGGAGGAUUUUGUGCAGUUACUUAUUUAAGCUUUGCUCCACAAGGACUGAAGCAAGUUCUCAUUACUGGUGGAAUCCCUCCAAUUGGCAAUGGAUGCAUGGCAGACACUGUGUAUAGAGCAUGCUUUGAACAGAUCAUUUGUCAGAAUGACAAGUACUACAAGCGAUUCCCUCAUGACAUUGAAAUUGUUCGUGACCUUGUAAAGCACUUGGUGGAAUCUGAAGGAGGCGGGGUUCCUCUUCCUUCUGGAGGCAUACUUACACCACGAGGAUUGCAAACCCUUGGUCUUUCGGCUUUAGGAUCUAGUAGUGGUUUUGAGCGCCUCCACUACAUGUUAGAGAGGGCCUGGGAUCCUAUACUAGUUCCAGGAGCACAAAAAUGCAUCAGUUACUUCUUCUUGAGAGCUGUUGAUGAUUGGUUGGCAUUUGAUACAAAUCCCCUCUAUGCUGUACUGCAUGAAUCGAUAUACUGCCAAGGAGCUUCGUCUCAGUGGUCUGCUCACAGGAUAAGGGUUGAAUAUGGGAGCAGGUUUGAUGCAGUCAAGGCAGCAAAAGAAGGUGACCGCAUCCUGUUCACAGGAGAGAUGAUAUUCCCUUGGAUGUUUGAUGAAAUCCAUGCCUUGAAACCUCUGAAAGAAGCUGCCCAUUUGUUGGCUGAAAAGAAUGAUUGGCCUGCACUAUAUGACAUUGCUUCCUUGAAUAAUAACAAGGUGCCUGUUGCAGCUGCUGUUUAUUAUGAAGAUGUAUACGUCAACUUCAAGCUGGUGAUGGAGACUGCAUCUCAGAUUGCAGGAAUUAGAUUGUGGAUAAAUAAUGAGUUCAUGCAUUCAGGUCUGCGUGAUGCAGGAAGCCAAGUUUUGGAUCAUUUGAUGGGAUUGUUAAAUGGAAGGAAGCCUGUAUUCUGAUUGGCAGUUGGCAUUCAUUUUUAUGUUAAAAGAGAGACAUUCUUUGUUU